AUGAGUUUAUAUAUUGAAACGAUUUUUGCAGACGAUGAUUUAAUAUAUCGGGAAAAUGAGAGUGAAGUAGAUGAUUCCUUUGGUGACAGUGCACUAUGGAGUGAUCAUGAAAUUGGUCUUGAUAGGCCUAUUUACCGAUGCAAAAUAUGCGGACGUGCCUAUGCUCACAAACAACCCCUAUUGGCCCACGAAAAGACUCAUGCCAAUGGGCGACCUUAUCAAUGUCCGAUAUGUACAAAAUGUUUUGCUCGUCAAGUAAACUUCAGUAUACAUAUGAAACUCCAUGCAAGUGGCCGCCGUUAUUUUUGCUCUUUGUGUGGCAAAUGGUUUAGGACACAAUCAUUAAUGUCUGAACAUCAGCAAAAAUGUUUUGCUUUGAUGAAUGGUCUUCCAGUGCUAACUGAUCGUCCACUAAGAUAUCGCUGUUACUAUUGCGAUAAAAUGUUCCAUCAUCGAAGAGACAAGAACAUCCAUGAAAGGACGCAUACCGGUGAACGGCCGUAUACAUGUGGAUACUGUGGUAAAGGUUUCACGCAAUCACAAGCUCUAACAAUUCAUAUAAGAUCACAUACUGGUGAAAGACCGUUUAGUUGCUCAAUAUGCAGUAAAGAAUUUCGAGACAGCUCAGCUUUAAGGAAGCACGAAUUUACCAAGCAUAUCAAUGAUAACCUUCCCAGUGAUGACUAUGAUGAUUCAUCGAAUGAAAUGAUUUUACUGACAGCACCGUAUGUGAAUUAAUCGUGAUUUGUCG